AGAGCCUGUGAGGUGAGGGGGUCCCAGUGAACGCCCCCAGGAGAUAUACUGAGUGAGCAGGGAGGAGUUCCCCAGCACACCUGGGUGUGGGUCUGGGUGCUAAAGAGGAAGAUGAGGGAAAUCUGCCGGAUUUGCGCCCGGGAGCUCUGUGGCAACCAGAGACGCUGGAUAUUCCACACGGCUGCCAAGCUCAACUUGCAGGUGCUUCUCUCCCAUGUCCUGGGCAAGGAGCUCUGCCGAGAUGGCAAAGCUGAAUUUGCUUGUAGCAAGUGUGCAUUCAUGCUGGACCGCAUCUACAGGUUUGACACGGUCAUUGCUCGCAUUGAAGCCCUCUCCAUCGAGCGUUUGCAGAAGCUGCUGCUGGAGAAGGAUCGCCUCAAGUUUUGCAUUGCCAGCAUGUAUAGGAGGAAUAAUGAAGACUCUGGUAUUGAUGACAAAGUUGUUGGGGAUGUGACUGUUCACAUUUCUGGCCUGCCUGAUGUCAGAUAUACAGCCCUUCUUCAGGAGGACUUUGCCUAUUCUGGAUUUGAAUGCUGGACAGAGCAUGAGGAACAUAUCCCAGAACUGCACAGCUGCCAUGCCUCAGAGAGCAUGAGUAACCGCCCAAGGCGAUGCCAUGGCUGUGCUACAUUACGUGUUGCAGAUGCUGAUUAUGAAGCAAUUUGCAGAGUCCCACGAAAGGUGGCCAGGAGUAUCUCUUGUGGUCUUUCCACCAGGUGGCCAGCUAGUGUAUGCAAUGAGGAAUCUUCUGUAUGUGAACCUAUAACUGCUGACUCAGCAAGUGCCAAGGUGCCUGUGGAAGAAGAAAGCAUGGAGGAGGGGACUCCUGGGUCCUCUGUUGAAUCCUUGGACACAACGGUUAAGGUCAGCCCUCCACGACAGAAGGAUGAGGAAGCAGACAAAGGUGCGAAAGGGAGUGAGAAGUGUGAUGAUUGCUUGGAUGCCUAUACUACUCCAAACUUGUCAUUGUAUGGGAAUAGGUUGGAGCUAGCCCUUAGUCUGAUCAAAGCUUUUGACUACAAGCCUGUUCAGAGUCCCAAAGGGAGCAGGUUACCUAUUCCAGUGAAAUCCAUCCUGCUAUGUUCCAAGCCUAACCAUGACCUGGUGGAUGGAAGUGCUCUUCUUGGCUCAGUGAAUGCUGGUUCUGGUUUUCUCAGUGCAGCCACAAAACCCUUUCCCUUGGAGCUUUCUGACCUGCAGGAGCUGUGGGACGAUCUUGGUGAAGAUUAUAUGCCGCUUCGGAUACAGAAUCUGCCUGAGGACCAUCAGCAGCUGACUCAGUGUGACCCUGUGGCGAAUGGUCGUGUGUCUGAAUCACAUGCUGCUGAGCUGCAGGACAAAAUCCAGCAGUAUGAUGCCACCAACAAGUUGCUGCAGGAAAAGCUAAAUGAGAUGAAUUUUGAAUUAAAGUCUAUCCAGGAAGCAUCCCAGAGACAAGAUCGUACAAUCCAGUGUCUGAAUGAGGCCCUGAAGAGCAAAGAGAGUGAGACAGAGGAGCUGUACCAUGUGAUUGAAGGGCAGAAUGAGACCAUAGGCAAACUACGAGACAUGUUACAUAGAAGCCAGCUUGGACACUUGCAGACCUCGGAGGGUCCAUCCCCUUCCCAGCAGCAGCAGCAGCAGCACAUGGCACUGCUAGAUCUGCAGAACACACUCUUCUGCACCCAGCUGGAGAUGCAGAAGCUGAAGAGGGCUCAGUGGCAGAAAGAACAUCAACUGGCUGAAGCCAGGAGAACUACCCAGCUUCUAGAGGCUGCUGUACAGGAGGAACAGCAGCUGAAAGAGGUGUCGUGGAAACACAAUCAGGAGCUGCGUGGUGUUGUGCAGCAGGUACAAGCAGAGCUACAGGGCAAGGUUCAGGAGCUGCGGGCCCUGGAGGGGGAGAAAUGCUGUGAGAUCCGGGCCCAAGAGCAGCGUGUUCAGCGUUUGAGCCAGAGGCUGGCUCACAAAGAACAGCUUCUACAGGAAUCCUGGGAACUUCUGCAACGUCGGCAGAGCUUGGAGAAGAACCCUGCGGUGACUGAUGCUAUGCUGGAGAAGUUGCAGCAGCGAAUCAAAGACCGAGAUGCUGCUCUGGAGCGAGCAAUAGAUGAGAAAUUUUGUGCUGUGGAAGAGAAGGAGCAAGAGCUGCAACAUCUCCAUCUCUCUGUGAGAGAGCGGGAGUACGACCUGGAGAGACUGCGCAGCGUCCUGUCCAGUAAUGAGGCCACCAUUCAUAGCAUGGAGAGCCUACUGAAAGCCAAGACGCUGGAACUAGAGCAAGUGACAGCAACCUGCCAGAACCUCCAGUGGCUGAAAGAGGAAGUUGAGGCGAAAUCCAGCUGUUGGCAGAAGGAGCAGGAGGGGAUAAUACAGCAACUGCAGACCUCUCUGCACGACAGGAACAAGGAAGUGGAAGUAAGGCCCAUGCUCCUUGCUGCAGUGCUUCCAGCCAUUCUCUCUUGGAUGGGAUCCCUGAGCACUACUGCCGGGCCUCUGGGCCACUUAGUGGCUGCUGAGAAGAUGGUGCAGGCUCUGGCAGAAAAGAGCGAUGAAGUACAAUUCCUGCGCCAGCGGCUGGUGGGGAACGAGCCGGGGAAGAGCCCAGCGGCUGAUGGCAGGGUUCUCCAGAAAGACAAGCAGCCCUUUCAAGAAUUACUGCCAGGAGGUUGUGAGAAUGCUACAACCACCGGAAUCUCCAAGGGACAGGACAGCAAAUACAGGAUGGAGAGAGGCCUGUUGGAGACAGCUGCUGAGCUGGAGAAGGAGCUUAUUAAUGCCAGAGAGGAACUGGAGCUAAUGGCAAGAAAGGAAAGAGAAAGCAGGUUGGAGCUCUCUUCUCUUCAGUCUUUGGUGACGGCACAGGAGGAGGAGCUGCAGGUGCAGGCCUCAGAUAUUGAGUCCCUGACCAGGAACAUCCAGAGCAAGGAGGAUCUUAUAAAGGACCUGCAGAUGCAGCUGGUUGACCCCGAAGAAAUCCCAGCUGUGGAACGACUGACCCAAGAAGUCCUGGUGCUUCGGGAGAAAGUAGCCAAAGCAGAGUCACGAGGACAGGAGGCUACAGGGAACAGACAGCAACAGCUGUUGCUGACGCUGGAAGGGCUGGUGGUGGAGAAGAGUUGCCUGAAUGAAGCUCUGCAAGCAGAAAGGCAGCUGUACAGCAGUCUGGUGAAGUUCCAUGCUCACCCAGACAGCCCUGAGAGAGGCCAGACUCUGCAGGUGGAGCUGGAGGGGGUCCAGGCGCUGCGUGGACGACUGGAAGAGUCUCUUGGCAGAAGCAUGGAGCAUUUGCGCAGGCUGGAGACCCUGGGCACCUUUGGAGGUCAGCCUGGACGGGAUGAUGCCGAGGACGGCAGCGCUGACAGCAUUGAGGGGGAGGCGCCGCCCCGCCCCGCGAACCAGCAGACCAGCCAAGGGCUCCCUGCGAACAGUCCAGAGGCCAAGGCAGCACAGCCUGAUCUCCUCACUCUGGCUCCCUUGGAGAGGGACAGCAGCCUGCAGGCAGAACUGCUCCACGUCAGAGCCAAGAACCAGCAGCUCCUGGAGCAGAAGGCGAAGGUGGAAGGGGAGCUGUGGGAACUGAAGACUCUGAUGGAGGAAGCUGGCUUCUCGUCUCUCUCUUCCAUCAGGAAAGUCCUGCUGAGUCUGUGCCUGGAGACUGCCGAGCUGAAGGAGCGGCUGGGGGGAUCCCCGUUGUCAGAGGGUUGGGAGGAUAAGGCAGAGGCUGGGGGUGCCCUGCGCACCCAGAGCAGGAAGCUGCAGAGCUCGGAGACGGUCGUCACCCUCCUCAAGGAGCAGCUGGUGCUGAACUGCCCGGAGGGCAAAAGCAAGUUCCUGCCCCAGCUCGUCACCGGCAUGGCCACGGAGAUCGACCGGCUCCGGGCAGAGAUGGGGGUGGCAUCUGGCAAGCGCCCGGCCCUGGAGGGACAGCUCCAGGAGGACCCAGCAAAGCGGCCCUGCCCUGGGUCCCAGGCAGUGGAGUUGGGACCAGCCCAAGCCCCCAGGGGCACAAGCCAGCAGAUGGAGGCCUGCCCUGCGGGCAGCUGGCAGCAGUUGGUGGAGCCCAGGGUAGGGCCCUCAGGGCAGCUGGUUCAGUGUCAGCAGCGCAAUCAAGAGCUCCAGGACAAGCUGGCCGUGUCAGAGGCCACAGUUCGGGCUCAGGCGGAGCAGCUGGAGCAGUACAGGACCCUGCUCAGUGAGCCCUUGGUGCAACAGGACAACAAACAGGUGCAAGUGGACCUCCAGGAUCUGGGCUACGAGACGUGCGGGAGGAGUGAAAAUGAGGCCGACCGGGAGGAGACCCCCAGCCCUGAGUGCGAGGAGCCAGAUGUGUUCAGUAAGGCCGGCCUGAUGGAGGAGCUGAGCCGGCCGGGGCCAUGGGGAGGCCUGUGCUGGGGCCAGUCAGAAGACGUUGCUGUUCUGCAACAGCAUGUGCGGGAGCUCCAGUUGCAGCUGCAGAACUCGAACAAGGCUCUCCAGAGGCUGCAGCACCGCACCCGCUCCUUCUCCAGCACCAGUGACUACACCUCAGGCGCCGAGUGGCUCCAUAAGCCGGUGCCCAGCGCCACCGACGAGGACGAGGGCUGGCAGUCUGAUGGUGUUGGGGCCUUCUGUCCCCCUGCGCUCCAGGCCAGCAGAGACCUCGAGUGGCUCGUCCACAGGGUGUCCCUGCUGGAGGCCCAGCUGCCUGGGCCCUGGGCAGGAGGGGUGCUGCCUGAGGAACUGCGCUCUGCUGUUUGGCCAGGGAAAUAUGACUCGCUGAUCCAGGCCCAAGCACGAGAGCUCUCUCACCUGCGCCAGAAGAUGCGGGAAGGGCGCAGCGUGUGCCACCUGCUCACCCAGCACCUUAGGGACACUGUCAAAUCCUUCGAGGAGCUUCUCCGGGGCACCGACAUCGACUACUACAUGGGGCAGAGCUUUCGGGAGCACCUGGCCCAGGGUGGCCAGCUGGCGGAGAGGCUGAGCAGCAAGCUGAGCAGCAGGGAUCGCUCUGACGUGGAGGAUAAACCCGGACACGAAUUUGUGGCGCUCAGACUGAGUAAGGAGCUCCGGGAGAAGGAGAGGAUGAUCGAGACCCUUCAGGCCAAGCUCCAGGAGUGCUGCGAGACCCCAUCCAGCAGCCGUGCGCUCUCCGAGUCACCCCGCUCCAACAGCAGCGCCUCCUUCCUGUCUGAUGGGCCGGAGGCCUGCUCCGACGGGGAUGCCUCCAGUGAGUACAGCCAGCUCCAGGGGGAUCGCAGUGAGCAGCCGUCCCGGUGCCUCACAGACAUCACUCACGCUGCUCCUCUGGCAUCCAACCCAUCCCCCGCCGCUGCACCCCACCAGGCUCCGGCAGAGUCCAUCAGAGGCUACCUCACUGGGCCAUCUUCACAGCACCCUCCCAUGGACAGCGGCCAGACACGCACAGGGUUGCAUUUUGACUCCUUGUCCAAGCCACUGAGCGUCCCUCUGAUGCCUGCCCCUGGGCCAUCUGCCUUCCUACCCUUCGGCCCUCCUCCUCCUCCUCCCGCCCCCCCUGCUCUCCUGGGCUGCUGCGGGACGCCUGUCUUCUCCUUGGCCGAGGUGCAGCAGGAACUGCACAUGCUGCAGAAGCAGCUGGGGGAAAGGGGACCUCUUGCUGCACCACCAGUCAAACCAUUGCCACUGACCAGCGACUUCAGGGAAGCCAGCACCUCCCGCUGUCUCCACGUUCCCCAUCUCACCCCACAGUCUUGCCCGCUGCAGAGCUCCGCCCAGCUGGACAGGAAAGCAGGGGCUGCCUUCCUGGAGAGCAACCCUCUCUGGGCCCAGCCUCCCAUGGGGGCCCUCUAUGGGCACUUACCCUCUGGGUAUCCGGCCAGCCACAAGCUGACGGGUGCUGACUUGCUGGAAGGACACCUGGCGGAGAUCCGCAGCCUGCGCCAGCGCCUGGAGGAAUCCAUCUGCAUCAAUGACCGGCUGCGGGAGCAGCUGGAGAAACGCCUUGUCACCACCGCCAAGGGCAAUGGGUAUCCCACCAACAUCUACAUCCAGGAGCUGGAGUCCGCAUCCUCACUGAGCAGCGAGACCAAAGCCCUGCGGGAGGAGAACCAGAGCCUGCAGCUCCAGUUUGCUCAUCUCUCCAGAGAGCUGGAGCAGCUGCGUGAGACCACACGCUGUAGGCUGCAGGAGGCUGAGGCGGAGAACCGGACGCUGGCACAGGAGCUGGCAGAGCAGCGGCAGAGCGGCAGUCAGCUGCGGGAGGAGCGGCUGGCUCUCCAGGAGAACAACCACAGGCUGGAGUGCACGGUGCCGCUCCUUCAGCAGCAGUGCGAGGAGAACCAGUGGCUCUGCCAGGCCCUCUGUGCUGAGCUGCGCAUCCACGAGACCCUUUCCAACUCCUCCCAGGCGGCUCUCUCAGCCUGCAGCGGAGAUGUGCAUCGCAGACCACCUUCCAGCAGCGAGCUGGGUGCCCUCCUGGCAGAAGUGCGAACUCUGCGCAGGCAGCUGCUGUGCGGCAUCCAGGUGAACAGCGCCCUGAGGCAGCAGCUGGCACGGCAGCAGCCGGAGGGAAGCGCUGCCCCCCUCUUCGCUGCCCACCAGGCUACGCCCGACUGGCAGCCCUUCCAAGACUCCAGCCCUUCUCCUCCAGUUCGGGAUGUUGGCAUGAGCUCCCCAGCUCCCCUCUCCCCGCCCGCCCUGCUCAGCGGUCCCGCCCCACUUGCCCACCGGCUGAAAGAGCCACCCAUGGAUGAUUCCCUGUUGAGGAGGAGUGCCCCUGCACCAGCGGGAGAUGCCCCAAGCAGUUUGUCUACCAGCAAAGGCGGGUGCCAGGUCAUUGGCCAUGUGGAUGACUAUUAUACCCUGAAGCAGCAGAUCCGGGAGGGCAAAACGCUGGUCCACCAGAUGGCCUCUCUCCUGCGGCCAGCUUUAGCCAUGCCCAGCUUGGAGCCCCGUGGCACCGAGGCCCUGGACUGGGGCAGCGUCCAGCAGCUCCUGAGCACCACAAGUGCCCUACAUCAGCUCCUGGAGCAGUGCGCCUCCCUGCUCACCACCUUCUGGAGAGGACCCCUGUCAGCGGCCCCCAGCCCAGCCCAGCCCCAGACUGCGGAACAGGCAAUGAAGGAUGAGCUCCUGGCGCUCAGGGCCAGGUUAGCUGAGCAGGAGAAUCGGCUCCAAAGGGCAGCUGAGCGUCUGCAGGACACCUGCCGCCUGAAGGACAACAUGGAGCACUUCAUCGUCAGCCACUUGACCCAAACUCAUGCCGUGCUGAGGAAAGCAAGGACAAACCUGGAGAAGAGCAAGCCCCAGGGCUCCUCUGUCAAACCUCCUCCCUCCAUCGGCGCAGGGGAAAUCUCAGUGGGCUUGUCCCAGCACCCGAGCCACGUGAUCCCAGCCAACCAGGAGCACAGAAGGAAGAGGAGCCACCCAGACACCCUAAAGUGGCAGGAGGACCAGAGCUGGCCCUGCUUUGUCCACCUUCCCAGCUCCUGAGCACCAACCCUGGCUGAAACAGCUGCCAGGCAGGGCUCAGCAAGAACUGCUGUGCCCCCACACAUGCUGGGUGCGUGGCUCUGGCGCUGAACCCCUCUGCAUGGAAGCUAGCCGUAGUCUGUUUUAGGCUUGACCCCUGGGCUAGCACGAGCCCUGUCUCGUACCACACUGCCAGGGAGCCAUGCUCGUUUGAUUAAUCACCGUUAAACUGCUAGAAAAUGUAGCCAGGGUAACUGGUGAAGCUGCUUUCCCAGUGAUCUCACCAUCCCCUAGCAUGGCCCAUCAGCCUGCUGCCACAGUCUCCGCUGUGGAACAUCACAGCCAUGCAUGUGCGUUAGACUGGUACUCUGCCACUGCCCAUGCCAGGGAGAUAGCAGCUGGCUGGAGGCCACCUGUCCUGAGUCCAUGCAAGUGGCAGACUGUGCAGAUGGCUGCUCAAGUGGCCUGCAGCAUCUUGCUUGUGAGCUGGUUUCCUCCCAAACAGGGUUAUUGAUGCAGCUGUCAUUGUAGGGGUGGUAGGUUCCAUCCACCUUGCUCUGGGGAAAACGAGCCCUAGAGCAGCACUUGUUUCUGCUGCUUGCCAAUACAGCAUGGCUUUGCCUGCAAGUCCUUCAUGCUGGAACCAGUGCAUUGCAGGGAGGUCAGGCUGCUUUCACCCUUCUCCGCUGGGACCUUCACCCAUUUGUUUGGUGAUAAGCAAUUUCUGAGGCAACAUGACCAAAGUGUCAAAUCCCUGUAAGCCAGAGCUGAACUGUUGCUGCCCCCCAGGGGCACUGACGGGAGACACACUCAGCUUAGGCCUGCUUUGGGGGGAACCAUUUGUAAAGCUGCAUUGGAAAGGCCCUCAGCUUGGCCAGCCUUGAUUGGGGUGAGGCUCUGCUGUAGGCUAUGUAUAUAGUGACUGAGUAACCCAGGGGGGAGUGGUGGGCCCUGGACCAAGGCAGGACUCCCAUGGGGCCAACAUGGCUCUAACUUUGGGAAGAAAUGAAGUUGUAAGAAAUGCAGGGCUCCCUCUCGGAGGGGGCCCCAAUAAACUUUUUUUGGCCAUUACCUACUGUA